AUGUACGCCAGGUGUGGAGACGUGGUUACUGCCAGGACGAACUUUGACAACCUCUGCUCGAAGAACAUCGUGUCCUGGAACGCGAUGAUAGCGGGCUACGUCCAAGCCGGAUCCAGCCAGGAAGCCUUGCUGCUCUACGAGAAGAUGCAGCAGGACGAGGCCAAACCGAAAGCAGACGGACUCACCUUCGCCAGUGUCCUGGCUGCGUGUUCCAACCUCGGAGAGAUUUCAAGGGGACGAAAACUCCACGACGACGUCGCUGCCAGUGACUUUGCCGAGGAUCUGAUCGUCCAGAACGCUCUCGUCGACAUGUAUGGGAAGUGCGGCAACUUGGUGGAAUCCAGGAACGUCUUCGAAGGGAUCAAGAGCAGGAGUGUGAUCUCCUGGACGUCGAUGGUCACGGCGUACGCUCGGCACGGCCAUGGAGCCGAGGCAGUGGAGCUGGUCUGGCGGAUGAGCUUGGAAGGCGUGGAAGCCGACGACGUUACUCUCACCAGCAUCCUUCAGGCUUGCAGCCACUCGGGCCUGGUGGACGCCGCUGGCAGCGUGUUUGGCACAGUGGUGAGAGACCAGGGGAUGGAGCUGAGCAUCGAGCACAAGCUGUGCUUGAUGGAUCUGCUGGGACGCACCGGGUGGAUCGAGGAGGCCGAGGAGUUCCUGGCGAGCAGCGAGGAUCUCAAAGCUCGCGCCGCGUCAUGGACGAGCUUCCUCAGCGCUUGCGAGCGCCAGAGCGAGCAGGGGAGAGCGGGCAGAGCGGCGAGAGAAUUUGGGCGUUUGCAUCCCAGGGAGAGCGCCAAGUUCGUCAUCCUCUCAAACAUGUUACACGCGAUUUAAAAUGGAAGCUAUUCUCGUCUAAAUCUAGCAGAUUCCCGUUACAGAAUAUUCCUGUUCUGCGAAUAUGCUCUGACAAAUGUAGAGAAUAUUCUCUGGAAAGUUUUUCUGUACGUGGCAACGCCAGGCACGAUCUUCUCACUCGUUUUCCCAUGGGGGAGGAUCGUGAACAGGGGAAAGCGGCUGGGGUCGCGGAUAAAGGAGACGGGACACCGACAUUUGGGAUGCAAGAAUUCUCAGGGGAGGAAACCCUAGGAUCGGCAGCAAUGGGCGAUCGAGGAGCUGAAUCCGAGGCGCGCGGCGGCGAUAGCAGCAGCGGUAGCAGCGGCGACGGCGCGAGGAUGGAUCAGGUUUUCCAUUGGCUGCUCCAUUGGCCUUUCAUUCUCCACGCCGCAUUGGUCCUCGUUGUGGUGUGGAUUCUUUCGCUCCUGGGGAUAAAUCACGCGAUCGUCCCUGUCGUUGGCUUCAUCUUUCUCUUUCACAUUGAGAGACGCCAUCGCGAGAAGUGGCUCCGGCGGAUUCGCCACGAGGAGCGAAAGCACGCGUUUCAAAAACAGUUGUUAUCAGACUUUGAGAGUGUCCGGUGGCUCAACGAGACUCUCGCAAGAGCAUGGCCAGUUUUCCUGGAGAAGUUUGCGUCUCAGGAUUUUCUAGCUCCACUCAUGCCGUUUUUCCUGGCCAAGUACAAGCCCUGGACAGUGCAAGAUGGUGUACUGCAAAGCUUUGCUCUGGGAAGAAAUCCACCCAUGUUUGCGGGCAUGCGAGCUCUGGAUCCUUCUGGGACGGAUGACGACGUGGUCUUUGAAACUACUAUGGAAUUUGUGGCAGCUGAUGAUAUGAGCGCGGUGCUCUCUGUUCAGCUGAGAAAGCGCCUUGGAGGGCUCUGGACAAAGUUACAUAUCUCGAAGCUACAUAUUGAAGGAAAGGUAUUUGUCUGGUGCUUUUGGCUGAAUGUUUGUAGAAAACUUUUGUUUUGUUUUGAGAAGGUUCGUCUUGGAGUGAGGUUUCAUGGGGGAUGGCCAUUUGUUAGUCGUCUCCGGAUCAGCUUCGAGAGUGCGCCUUACGUCCAGAUCGAAGCACGGCCGCUCUCGACGUAUGGGAUGGACAUGGCUGAGCUUCCUGGAAUCGCAAGCUGGCUGGACACGAUGCUGAUGGAUGCGCUAGAGGACUCGGUCGUGAAGCCAAACAUGCUGGUGAUAAAUGUCGAAAAGAUUGCAAAUAGUUGGGCGACAUCCGAGUACGCAACUCUUCCAAGUGCGGAGUCCGCGCCUCCGGUUGCUGUUGCUGUAGUUGAAAUCCUUGAAGCAACACAAUUAAAACCGGCUGAUGUCAAUGGAUUGGCGGAUCCUUUCGUGAAAGGAGUACUGAACACUAAUCGUUUUAAAACGUCAAUAAAGUGGAAGACUCUCAAUCCCAAGUGGAGAGAAGUAUUUCGUUUGCCCAUAAGAAGCUGGGAGAUCCAAAACCGUAUGAUGUUUCACGUGAGGGACAAAGAUCUCUUUCGGGACGACAAUCUCGGGUAUUGCGACGUGUUACUGGCGAAGUUUAGAGGCGGCGAUCGGCAUGAAGUUUGCUUGCCCCUUAAAGGCGUAAAAACUGGCCGCAUCACUUUCGCAAUUACGGUUGAGGAAGCACCCGAUUGUCAACUCGAAGUGGAGGUAUCGCCUAGUACAAGGCUGACUACAGAUGGAGAUGAAUCUUUACCUGAUUCACUUGGCUUGGAUCAUUACGAAAUCAUUGACACUGGCGUGAGUGCCUCGGGAAUAUUUUCUAUAAUGAGGCCCGGAAAGGCAGUGCAAAAGAAGUGGCGUGGUAGAAAAGGAAGGAAGCUCGAUGAAGAUGUUGAGUUGCCAGACAAUACUCUCUUCAGUGGCAGCCUCGAGCGAGAGUCCGAAUCUAGUGACAGCGAGGGUGACAAAUCCGGCCAACCCGGGGGGAAGGCGAGGUUCUGGAAGUGGAGCCACCGUGGACCCCGAGAUAAAAAGCUCGUAUCCGGAGAGCUGGUUAGCAUCAGCGAGAAAGGAGGACAGAUGAAGCUGCGAACAGUUAUCGACACGGACUCUGCUGUGACUUCUCCAGCUCCAGCUCCGGAAGAUUCGACGCCAGCAUUGUCUUUACCAGAUAAGGCCGCUGCUAAACCAAGCGACGUGAGAACCGACUUGACUCCCAUCUCUUCUGGCGUCCAAACUGGCACCAACAGUCAGGUUCCAACACCAAAGCUGGCAGAGGAUUCAAUGCGAGCCAGUGACGGGCUGGACGACGCUGAAUCGCAGGAGGUCUCCCCCGGCCGGCGAUCAAUGAGAAUAAGGGACAGGGCCAGGGGUGUGGUGAAGCAGGCCGAGAGGACAGCGUCCCAUAUCGGGCACUCGUUGUUUGGUCGCAGAAGCGGGAAAGAUCUCGUCGCAACUCCCCGGUCAGACAACGCAGAGCCGGAGCAGCAGCAGGGGGUUUGCUCGCCAGAAAGAUCCAGCGCAACUACUCCUACCUCUGAUCAACACAGCAACUGAGGAUGGAUGGAUAGCUACGUACGAGAGCGUUAUCAGCUAGUUAUGAUCCGGACGAGUGCUCCUAUACUGGA